UUCUCCUGCACGCACGCUGCCCCCCGCCCGAGGUUUCUCUGGGUCCAGCCGGAAUCCGCGAAGCUCCUGGGGAUUUUCCCACCCAAGCUGGGGUCUAUGAGCGGGAAGGUGAUCAAGCCCAAAGAAGAGAAAGAUGCUUCCAAGGUUAUGGAUGACGCUCCCCCUGGCACUCAGGAGUACAUUAUGUUACGGCAAGAUUCGAUCCAAUCUGCGGAAUUAAAGAAAAAAGAGUCCCCUUUUCGUGCUAAGUGUCACGAAAUCUUCUGCUGCCCACUGAAGCAAGUGCACCUCAAAGAGAACACAGAGCCGGAAGAGCCUCAGCUUAAAGGUAUAGUUACAAAGCUAUACAGCAGGCAAGGAUACCACUUGCAGUUGCAAGCAGAUGGAACAAUUGAUGGAACAAAAGAGGAGGACAGUAGUUAUACGUUGUUUAACCUCAUACCUGUGGGUUUACGAGUGGUGGCGAUUCAGGGGGUUCAAACAAAAUUGUAUCUGGCAAUGAACAGCGAAGGAUAUCUAUACACAUCAGAACAUUUUACACCUGAAUGCAAGUUCAAAGAAUCAGUAUUUGAAAACUACUACGUAACAUAUUCUUCAAUGAUCUAUAGACAGCAACAGUCUGGCCGGGGUUGGUAUUUGGGUCUUAACAAGGAAGGAGAAAUAAUGAAAGGAAACCACGUGAAGAAAAAUAAACCUGCAGCACACUUUCUUCCAAAACCAUUAAAAGUGGCCAUGUACAAAGAGCCUUCUCUCCACGAUCUCACAGAGUUCUCAAGAUCUGGAAGUGGGACCCCAACAAAGAGCAGAAGUGUUUCAGGAGUGCUAAAUGGGGGUAAAUCCAUGAGCCAAAACGAAUCAACGUAGCCAGGUUAAGGCAAGCCAAGUGCUCUCUAAACAGAACCUUACCUCUGGAUGCAGUUGAAUUCUUACUAGCAGUCUUUCAUCCAAAUGUUCAAUUGCCCAGGACAAGCCACCGAACUUGCAUAGGUCACUCGUUUAUCAGCCAUUAGAUCUACUGGUUGUCAAAGGAUAUACCCCAAUAAUGUAGAAUAUGCUUGUGCAUAUCACAAGGCACUUGGAUAGCCAGCAAACAUAACUGCGGAUUAAAUCUCGGAGAAGAGGUGUCCAGAUCUUUCUCUCUCUCUCUUUUUCUCUCUCUCUUUCUCUCUCUCUCCUAUGCUUUGUGGAAUAUGAAACAAAAACAUUUCACAGCAUUCACUGCUGAUAAGAAUUUGCUUUCCAACUAAGAAAAAGACCACUUUUGCUCUUCAAAGGAAAUUUUAAUGCUUAUAUGUUUUAUAGGGGAAACAAAAAACAAAUAUGUAAACUCUGUUGUUUCCUUGGCUUACAGUUUUAUAUCUAAGGCUUGAUAAAAAAGAUGUAUCCUUUAAUUUGAAAUAGUGCAGCUUUUUGAUUUCUGAACUCCAAUGGGUCUUUAAAGCUAUGUCUUUCAAAAAAAUAAUUACAAAUUCAGGGUUGGAACUGAGAGUUGGCGUCUCAGGCUCUAGCAAACAGUGUUCUUGUGGUUUUAAACACAAUGAAAUAUAAAUUUUUAUAGAUUUGUAGUUUCUGGUAAAGUUCUUGUGCUAACCCCAGUCUGUAGGAACUGAAAUGUUUUGUUAUCCCAAGUGGAAGUUGACAGAAAGGGAUAAAAUUAUCCUCCAGUGUAGAUUUCUCUUAAUUCCAUUUUGUGUGUCAUGUUAAACUAUUGUUGUGGCUUCUUUUCUAAAGACAGAAACUGUGGAAUUAAGGUGACUUAAUUUUUUAUAAGAAAUGUCUUAUUUGUAAAAGUCCUUCUUUCACUGUAAUGGGCACGUGAAUAUUGUGUAGGAGGAAGCGUUAGGACAGGUUACCCCUAAACAACAUAUACUUAUACAUGCUAUUGGAAACAGUUGUUUAAAAAAAAAAAAUGUAGUUAGGUUUCCAUUUAGGUCAUCAUGUCUGUUGCAUGGGAGAAAGUUGGAAUAUUGGCCUAGAGUUGCAUGAUGUGUAAGAUUUUGUGCAUUAAUCAUCGUUGGAUUCUGUGCUCCAAAACUGACAUAGUUCUGUACAGGCAGCUUUCUGCCUUGUACAAAAGAGUUGUUUAUUAUUUGUUGUAUACACAACCAUGCACUGAAUAAACUAUUUAUAUUAAGAUGUACUUUUUUAAAAAGCUUGUUUGAUUAUAUGAUGUACAUCAGUGAUUAAUUUCAAGGGAAAAGGUUGGCAAUUAAAUUAUAAAAUUAUAAAAGAUACUGUAAUUAAUGUUCAGAAUCUUUCUAUUUAGCAAGUUAUUCCCUUGUGACUCCGUACUCCAUAUGAAUGAGAAAACGUUCUUCCUUUUGGAUAUUGUUAGAACUGGUCUUAUACGCCCAGCUGAGAUACUCAAAACACAGUGGCUACUAAGUGCCACAAAGUCUGGGUAACAGCCCCUUGACUGCACGCUGUUGGAGCCUCAGUGAACUGCUCUCCUCUGCUUUGAGCUUCUCCAGCUUCUCCGUGUCUGUUCUCCCCGUUAGGCUUCCUUAGUGCAGCCGCAUAGCGCUACCUCGCAGCACACCUCCCCAGAGCCCUCAGAACAGGGGGACCCAAAAAGAUCUGAUGAGUUCAGGACUGCUCGUGUCAGGGUGGCACCCUGAGGAUGCUCAGAGUUCCCUGACUGAAGGCUGUAGGCACUCAUCGGGGCCAGCUCGUCUGGUCUUGAGGAAAUGGGCUAUCAUGCCUCCUGCAUUUGUGCACGUGUUCUGGAGAGAAAAUGGACUUCUAAGUUUUCUCUCCAAACUCAUCAACGAGAACUUUUCUACAGUGUCCAUACAGUUCUGACAGGCGAGCUUCACUCAUCAAGGUCUUUCAGUAAGACCUAGGAGGAACAGGUUCUCAUCACGGGUGGCUGAAGAAGCAGGUCUGGAAGGAAUCAUGGAAAGGGAGACAAAAAGCUGCCUGUAACUGCUAAUCUGACAGUAAAAACAGAUAUUCUGCUGUCUAGUAUGUCUCCUUCCCUCCUGAACAAGCUGGGACAAUUAGUUGUUUUUUUUUUUAUGAAUGCCAGGGCUGAGGAAAGAGAGGAGAUUGUUUCACAUUAAACUCCCAAAUUUGUUCUUUCGUGGCAAAUUUUAUGCCAAGAGCUUUGGCUUCCUACACUCCUCUGUUGGAGCAAGGUAUUGCCCUCCCCACGUAACACCAUUGUGGUGACCUUCAGAGGACCUGGGAUCCUCAUAUCAACCUUCACUGAAGGAUGAAGAAGGUGAGGGAGCACUACCAUGAAAGUCAUUAAAGAAUUGAAGAUGUGCCCGAUGAUUGUUUCUGGGGUUUUGAUAUUUCAGUGGGUCUGGAGCAUUUUUUCUCCUCAGCUAAUUGUGCUUUGCCUUCAUGAAGCAUUUUCUUAACCCUCACAGUCAAGAAAAUCAGACUCAUUGGGGUGCAUGUUCCAAAAAAGGAGUCCGAGUGCCUUAGGAACAUAAAACCUGAUUAAAAGUAGGCAUUGUUGUGCCAAAGCUAGCUAGACAUGUUGUUCAAUGCCAUGUCCAUUAUCCUAAAGGUAACUGGAGGUCUGCUGCUUUGCUUGACAGCUGCAGCCUUGCAACUCCCCAUCCCCAGUAUCUCCAACCUUGAAGGUUAUCUGUAGCAAAAGAAAAAUGCUCGUCUCAGAAAUUGUCACUUCUGAAGACCUAUUUUUCAUAUUGACAUUGUCAUCACUGAGCAUUCGCUAUAAAGUCCUUAGUUUCAAAAGUUUCUAGUAUAUCAGGCUAGCAAAGCCCACUCUUGGGUUAAAGACAGGGAGAAAUGGUGAUAGAUGAACCAUAAGCAGCUAAUUUUUUCUAAAAAUUUCUGGCAAGCCUGUUAAAAUUAUCUCCUUCAGAUUUGUAGACUGGAAAGGGAAACCCUUGAUAGCAUCCUGCAGUAGACAAAAGCUCAUAUACAGUAUAGGCAAAGUGGGAGAUUAUGUCCAGAAUUUUACAAAUAGUCUGUGGAGCCACAGAACAAGAGAAAUGCAGUAAAACGUGCCUUUGCAGACAGUGAUGCGAAGGUGAUACUCUGACCCAGCCAGCAAAGACCCUUGAGUAGACAAGAGUUUGGCUUCAGCAAAGGAACUGCAGGAGUUAGAGUCAAGUAUUUAUUUAUCUUCCUCCUUCUGCAUCCGUAGAUUGGCUCAUUAAACAGACAACUCUUGAGUCAUACGCUCAUUUAAGAAGCCUGCUAGAUGUUGGAAAAGUAUCCAUAUCAGAUAGCUGUGUAUGAAAAGAAAACUUACAGCUGCCACUUAACCCACUUUGCUCUGCACGUGUACCUGUCCAAGUGCAGUAGGAUGAUGCAUGCCUGGAAUAAAGACAAACCGAGCCUUGUACUGGCUGUGAGCCACCAACCACCUGCAGAAGGUUUGCUCUCAGGCCCUUCGUUAUUGCAGUGUGAUGGCUUAUGCCUCUCACCUGCCAUUUUGUUUGUCCCUGCCUCUCCACCAAUGUGACCACACUCUGCGUGGCAUACCAUGGGCCUGGAUUUGACUCAGGAGGUGCAACACUGUACGGUGGCUUUUUGAUUCACCUGGGCUUCCUCAGGCAAAGGCCCAGAGCCACUGUGGGGCAGAGGCCUUAUGAAAGGCUGACAAACGCUACCUGCCAACCCAACGGGAAUCAGGUCACUUGUGAAAGUGGAGGAAAACUGCGAGGAGCACAACUAUUAUGGGGCAAAACCUCUGCCUUUUUGAGAUCCACCUAUCACAGCUGCUUUCUCUGCAGUCUCUGCAGGGGACUAGAACAUUGCCUUCUCUGUCUGGUUUUGGGGUAAGGGAAGAUGGCAGGAGCUCUUCUCUGCACCGCAGAGAGAUCUUUAUUUUCCUUCUUCUUUCUUUUUUUAUUUUGUUUUAUUUUAACUUACCUCAUGCUACCUCACAGCAUGGUUGCAUCUCCAUAGCCCCUUGCUCAGACGUGUUCAUCGCUGGCACGAUGGAAGACAAUUCCCUGCUUGGGGAAAACACCUCCAGGUUCCCCCCAGGAACGAUGCCCCUUCUGCAGCACUGUCUGGCGUCCCCACCGCUGGUUUCCAGCCCACAGGCCAGGGUUUCCAGUGGGAUAAAGGUGGUGUAACGAGCUCAGGGAUGCUGUGGUAUGUCAGGCCUCUCGGCAGCUGAGCAACAGUGUGAGAGCCAGGCCUGACAGAGCUCUGCUGUGUCUUGAGUAUCUCUGCAUGGAGACCAGAACCACCUCUAACGGGUUUAAACAUCUCCCUGACAUAUCCUUAACCAGGACACUUUUG